GUGGGCGGAAAAGGGCGGGGCGGGCCGGGCUGCGCUGCCGCCGGCGCCCGGCGCGGGGAGAGGCCCGAGGCCGCGGCGAGGGGCGGGGGGAAGGGCUGCUGCCUUAGCCUUCUAACAUCCUGCACUGCAUGCUCAUGGUAUGUCCGAGGGACAGAUCUCUUGUGUGCUCUGACUGUACCAGCUUGUCCUCAUGAGUACUCCAGUGGAGAAUGUCCAUGAUCUUCUUCGCCUGUGUGGUGCGGGUGAGGGAUGGACUUCCCCUCUCAGCCUCCACAGAUUUUCAUUUCAACCAGGACUUUCUGGAAUGCAGGAGGAAGUUAAAGGCUUUGUCCUCAAUGCUGGCACAUUAUCCAAGUCGAGGCACGGCAAAAGGACGUGACCUUAGCAUACAUUUCCUUUCUUCUGGGGAUACUGCCUGCAUGGCUAUCUGUUCCAGCAGCUACUCCACCAUCAUGGCGUUUUGCUUCCUGGAGGAGCUUCAGUGGGAAUUUGCUGCUUCCUAUGACACAACAAGCAUCAGUUUAGCUUCCAGACCAUAUGCUUUCCUUGAAUUUGAUAACGUUAUUCAGAAAGUCAAAUGUCAUUUUAACCGUGUGCCUGCCUCUCAAAUCAAGGCCAGCUGGGAGAAGGUUGAGGAGGAGCUGAAGUUCCAGCCCCCAGUUCAGCUGAAACUAGAAGACACGGAGCUGAUGAAUGGGAUGGCCAAUGGUGGGCACCCAGGUGUUCAUGUGGAGGUUGCCCCUACGUACCGGAUGCAGCCUGUGACGCCCCUGGGGAUUCUCUCCCUCGUGCUGAACAUCAUGUGUGGGGCUUUGAACCUCAUUCGAGGAGUGCACCUGGCAGAGUAUUCAUUUCAGGAGGACCAUGAAGGAAUUGGGAACGUGAUUGCUUUUUUCCUACCUUUUCUAGCCUGUGUUUUACAGUGUUACUUGUACCUCUUCUACAGCUCAGCAAGGAAGGUGAAGACAUUUGUGCUCUUCUUCUCCAUCUGCUCCUGCAACGUUUACCUCUAUGGGUUACGGAACCUCUGGCAGAUAGCUUUUCACAUAGGAGUAGCCUCUCUUUCUUCUUACCAGAUACUGACAAGGCAGCUUAUGGAGAAACAGCCUGACUGUGAAGUAUGAAGAAGACUUUGGGUUUGCUACUUUAUUUUUACAACCCCUUUUUCUGUUUGUAUGAAACUGACCCAAAAUAGCUUGGGAUAUUUUUAAAGAUCCCUGACGCCGAUGAUUGCAAGGAGGAGACUGCAGAGCAACUUGAAAUGAAGCAGGACACUGUAAUCAUGGCAAACAGCCAGUGAGGAACAACCUUCUCCUGCAGAAUGUGGCUGUGUUUCACCUGGCAUGUGGCAGCUGGGCAUGGCAGAUCUCACCAGGUGUCAUCUUGCUGGUUUUUUUCCAGUGGCACCCAGUGACAGGACAAGGGGUAGUGAGCACAACCUUGAAUGGAAGAAGUUCCAUCUAAACAUCAGGAGGAGCUUCUUAAAGGAUGGCAGAGCACUGGAGCAGGUUGCCCAGAGAGGUGUUGGAGCCUCCAUUUCUGGAGGCAUUCAAAACCCACCUGGAUGUGGUGGAUGUUAGGUGAACCUUCCUUGGCAGGGGGAUUGGUCUCCAUCUCCAGAGGACACUUCCAACCCCUACCACUCUGUGACAGGGGGAGGUUCCCCUUACCAAACCCAGGCUUUCACUCCUUGACUAUCACCAUCCAGGCAGCAUUUUGCCAUUUGUUUUACUGGCUAUGUAACAGUCCAGCAGCUCAGGAUCUUGUCCUGCCAAUGCUUUGGAAGAUGUUAAAGUUGUGGAGAAAACUGAGGGCAGACUGGUGGGUAACAUUUUUGCCUCUAGACUUUGCUAAGCAUUAAGAGAUUACUGGUAAGGGAAGGAGUUUGCCAUAGUUAGAUGAGCUCAGUGUCAGUGGGCAAAAUUGUUAGGACAGGCUUCAGGGUGAUUUUUCUAGGUUUUGAAGGAAAAGAAAAGCCUUGGCUCUUUAAAAAAUCAUAAAUACUCUAAAUAUCUCCUGGCUAAACAGUGCAUCAUGGUGAAGUGUGUGCUCACUGGUUAAUUGCAAACAUGCUUGGGGCAGCAUAAAAUAAACCAAGUGAAUGGAAGUGAUUUUUCAGCUCAAGUGGCCUCUGUUUCCUUGGCUAAGGUCACUCUUUGUAUUCCAUGUUUGCUUGGGCUGGGUGGAUAAUAAAUCCUCCAGGCCUGCUUGUGGCAGCCAACUAACUCCUUCGUCUUGUGAAACUAGAGGUAUAGCUGGGAAGUGGAAGCCCAUUUCCAGUAAUGGAAAGUGAGAGCAGGUUCUCUUUAUUGCAUAAACCACUUUCAGUUAAUGGUGUUGAGUUCUUGCACCAAGAAUUUAUGAGUGUGCACUUCUGAAUGUAGUCCUUAAGAGCUGAAAUCCUUAACCUCUGCUGCUCUGGGUGUUCUUGUACCUCAUGUGUUGAGGUGCAUAUGGGCAUUUUAGAACACACAGGAAUAAUUGAGGUUGCCUGCUUAAAAGAAAAAGCAUAGCUGUCCUUGAAGGGUUGUAGAGCCUCAAAAUGAGCAGGUGUAGAGGUUUCUAGGUGUGGUGUUGUGGAAGUAUGGUCCUAGAUUUUCUCCUGUUUUUACACAGGAAGCUGGUUUCUGGUUGCCCCAUUUCUUUCAGCAGGUAUCUCUCACCAGAGGUUCAUUUUCCUCUCCUAUAAUCUCUACCUUUUAGUUGCUGUAAAGAGGUUAACAGGAUGCAGAGCUGCCUUCCUGAGUCUGCAGAAUCACUUAACAAAAUGACUUUCUUGCCCCUCAGUGAAUUUUCCUGAUAGCUCAUGCUGCAAACACGGUUAGCAGCGAGCUGCCAGACCAGGGACCUCUGGUGCUGUAACUUGGAAGUGCUGCUGUGCUGCAGCCGAUUGUAGCAACCACAGCGACAGGCAGCCUGUGAGACAUCAAGAGACCUGGUACCAGAGAUUUUUCCUGUAGUAAAAUGUGGGUAUUUCUCUUCCACCUCAUGUCAGCCCAUUUACUCUAAUGGUAGCAGAAUGAAACUGUAGGAGCAUAAGGAAAAACCUUUCCUGUGAGGGGGCUGGAGCCCUGGAGCAGGCUGCCCAGAUAGGUUGUGGAGUCUCCUUCUCUGGAGAGAUUCCAAACCUGCCUGGGCAUUGUGAUUCUGGGCAACCUGCUGUGAGUGACCCUGCUUUAGCAGGGGAUUUGACCAGCUGAUUCCAGAGGUCCUUGUCAACCCUCACCAUGCUGGAAUUCUGUGAGGAAUACUGCAGUAGGAAUGACAGGGGAAUAUUGUAGCCAUCCAGUUCAGGAAGCAGCUAGAGCUGUGUGCCAUAAGGGAGCUGUUCUGAUCUAAGGAGUGGAUUAAAGUUGUUUGUCAUUACCCCAGUUUUCUGCCAGAGUGUAAGUAGAGAAAUGAAGCCAGAACUCCACCAGUGUCCUUAAGACACCCAGAUGACCCCACCCCAGGUGGGGGUGGGGAUGGCUAUUACUGACAAGCUUUAUGUUGCCAUGCUGUUCAGCCCCAGUUCUGCUUGAUGGUGUGACCCUUUUAGCUUCCAUCUGGCUAAAGAGCCCAAAAGAGAUUUGAUGUAUGCUUGGACAAAGCUGGCCUGGUGAUACCUUAAGGCAGGCAGAGCAUUUAGAGCCAGGGCAGGGACCAUUAUCUGCCUUUUAUUCUUUAUCCUUCAGUUGAGCUGAUAGGAAGAAACUGUAAUGUUCCAGCUGCUUCCUGAGCAUCUGUUUGCUUUAGCACAGAACAAACACAUCCCCAUGCCAGGUGAUGCUAGCAACAGCUCUACAGCAAGAGUGGUGGAACAAGGUGUUUGGAUAGCUUGUGUAAUUAACCUAAUUAGAGUGGAUGGAGAUUAAGUUCACUUUGGUUUAAUGUUUUUCCUGGAAAUGUUUCUGUAAAAUCAAACAGAACCAGUUGGUUCCUUUCCACCUCUGUGUUAAUUUUUGUGCUUUGUGGAUUAGGUGGAGGAUGGGGCUAGAUCUGUCCUACAAAGUGAGCAAAGCUCUGCUUUACUGUUCAUUCCUUUUCAACCUUUUCAAUCUUUCCUUUUUUACUUCCCCUGUAAUAUAGAAUAGAAUAGAAUAGAAUAGAAUAGAAUAGAAUAGAAUAGAAUAGAAUAGAAUAGAAUAGAAUAGAAUAGAAUUAACCAGGUUGGAAAAGACC